AUGUCGACCGAGGCUGCUACUGCGGACGUGGACGCGGUGGAUCACGAGCAGCUCGCCUCGCUGGCGCUGGCGACCUACCUCGGUCUGCCGCCGCGCGGAGCCAAACCGGGCAUCAAGUCCAACGGCCGACUCGAAUGGACGGUGCUAGCCGCUUUUGCUCUUUCCUUUCCUUCGACGGAUGGGUCCAAGUCGCGUGAGUAUACGCUCAUAUCGCUCGCAACGGGGCUGCGGUGCCUUCCGUAUGCUUCAAUGCCAGUGCACGGCGAUGUGCUGCACGAUCAGCACGCCGAGGUCCUCUCACGAAGGGCGGCGCGUCUAUGGCUCCUCCACCGUCUCGAACAAGAACUCGCUUCGCCCGGUGGCGUUGCCAAUGCGCUCUUUGAGCCUGAGCCCUCCGACGCACUGGAUGGGAAUCAGAGAUGGAGGCUGCGUUCGGAUGUGCGAUGUCACCUGUACGUAUCGACACUGCCGUGCGGGGCGGCCUCCAACCGUCUGCUCGAGUUCCAGCGCGCCGCCCAAGAUGCUGCGGCUCAGAAACCCGGCGCGUCAACUCCGGACGAGCUUCUCGGUACCUAUCUAUCCGCCACCACCAAUGGUCUGAUGACUAGUUCGAGCCGGUCUGGCGCAGCGGACGUGGUGCGAGGAAGGGCGUCUUCAACACAGCAACCGGGGACGUCGGCCUCGCUACGCACCAAGCCAGGCCGCCCCGAUGCGCCGCCGAGCAUCUGCAUGUCGUGCAGCGACAAGCUCGCGCUCUGGAAUGUGCCCGGGGUCGGUAUCCAAGGCGCACUGCUAUCUGCGCUCAUCGCACCGGUCCACAUCAGCUCCGUCACCAUCGCCGACCAUCCGCUGCGAUACAUCUUCCCGCCUUCCCACCCGGAUGCAGAAGCGCGCUUGGGCCAGCUUAAGCUCGUGCUGGCAGACGAUUGUAAGCGUGCACUCGACCGGGCGAUACGUGGACGAUGCUCGAUCGAGGUCGGCUGGUCAGGGGCCGUGUUUCCAGACAGCAAGGAGGCAAAGCUGCAAACUAGCUCGGCAGAGGCCGGACCAGAAAGCUGCGUCAACUCGAUCGUCCAUAUCCCCGAUCCGACGGGGAAGGGGAAGGGGAAGAAGGCAAAGACCGAGAACCUUGCAGCCGGAACGAAGAUGGGCGCACCCACCAAACGCGCAGCCGAGCAACCACUCAAGCCCGCUGCGAGAUCGGGCGUGUGUCGGCUCAGCUACUUCGCUGCCGUCAUAGCCACGAUGCAAGCGAUUGGAAGAAGCGUUCCCGAUGCAGUGGUGUACGCAGAUGCCAAGCAAGGAUGUCUAGGCGGAGGAGCAAAGAUGUACCGCCAGGCUAAAGAUACCGUGCUGGGUCCACGCGAUACCGCCCAGCAGACAGUCGACAGUUUCCUCGAACGCGCAACUCGCGCUACCGCCAUCAACAUGCCCGCACCCGCAUCGGACGAGGCACUUCAUCCGUCUGCGGAUGCACCGCCGCUUCACGGCUGGCUCAGAUCUCCCGCACAUCUCGCGCACUUCGACCUGAGUGGCCAUCGCACACCGCAAGCGUGA